CCCCUGGGGUUGAAGCUUUCCGAGCGUGGGGGCUGGGGGCUCUUGGGCUCAGGCUUCCUCCAACAUCUCUGUCCCUGUGGAGUCUGCUCUCCAGCCCGGCGUUUCUCUGCUGCUGCAAGGAAAGCGCUUGAAGCCCCACGCUACCGUUGCUCUGUGCCUUUGCAAAAAAAAAAAAAAGCGCUUGAAGCCCCACGCUACCGUUGCUCUGUGCCUUUGCAAAAAAAAAAAAAAAAAAAGUGAUCAAAGAAAAAGUCCAAAUUGUUUGUAGCCGGAAACUUGCGGAUCUUGCCGCUUUACGUGGUCUUGGCGGCUGCCGUUGGGUCAGAACCGGCUGGAAGGAGAGUAAAAGUCGGAGUGGACAAAGACGGGACUGGGCGAUCCAAGGGAGAUUCUGUUGGCUUCAGGCACAAACUCGCGCGAGCCCGCGGCGUGGGCCUGAAGCCUCAGCCUGUCCAUCUGGCAGUCCGGGCUGCCUGUGACCUCACCCGGCCACAGCCCUACCUACCCCCAGCUCCGCGUCCCAGCAGUCACAAAGAGGCCCGAUGGCCGGUGUGGCCGGAGCCCGAGGAGGGAGUCGGAGCAACGCGAACGCGUCCCACAGCCCGUCCCGGGUUAGGAGAGCCUCGCCCCGCCGCCCGAGGGGCCUCGGGGUGCGCGAGCUAGGCGCCCCUAGCACCAAGCAGGCGCCCACCCCACGCCGUCGGAGGCUGUCACCAACAGAGACGUGGCUCUCUGGUGCUCCGUAGGGGGGUCGCCAGCCCGAAACCGCGAACCCCGCCGGGGGCGGGCUGUGGGACGCGUUCGCGCGCCUGCGUGGGGCAGGGGCUAGCCCUUUCCCGCCGCGAGGUAAUGGGGCGCCAGAGGCCGCCUGGGGAAGAUUAGCUGUGGCGCUCUUCCUGGCUGUCCGGCCUCUUCGCCGCCGCCGCCUCCCGCUUGCCUCCCGGAACUCCCGCCCAGCAUCCUGGGCUCCAGACUCCCUCUCGCCUUCUCGUCAACGUUACGCAUCCCCCGGCGAGGCACGAGGCGCUCGGGAGACUCUCGCUAACCCGAGUCUCGGUCCGAAACACAUGAAACGCUUCCUGUGCGCGCAUGGUCCGCUCAACUCCCCCGCCCGCGAAAAUGCCGUAAAGGCUGCGGGAGAGCAGCGGGGACGGCUGGACGCCCCAGAGCUGAGGAGCAUGCCCAGGUGGCCUGGGAGGGCGGGAAAAGGUUCGGGUAAACAUGCGAACCGUCGCCGCCGGGGCAGAGGCAGGGCGAAAGCUCCGCGGGGAAGGUUCCCGGAGGGGUCAGGAAUGUAAUUCCCCUCUUUGGAGCAUUCCUUCAUUCAUUCAUUGUACAACACUUUAAGUUCGCGCACUGCGUGCCCGGACUGUGCGAGGCACGGGGCAUAAAGCGGUGAGUAGCUCAGGUCCCUGACCUCACGGAGCUCACUCCCUAGCCGGGGCCCCACAUGAUACAAUGAGCACGGUCAUUUCAGAGGGUGACAUGGGACAUGAAGAAAUACGGCUGUGAUGUGAUGGGGAGGUAAGGGCGGCCAGCGGUACAUAGGGUGGCCGCAGGUAGCCUUGCUGAGGUGGCGUGCGAGCUGAGAGCUGAUGGAUGAUGAAAGGGAAGGCACUGACUACCGAAGGGCCCAGAAGAAGCAGGCCGGCUACGGGCCUCACCCGCCACCAGCCGCGUAGCACGCCGGACCGGAGCCGCCUGAGAAGUAGUCCCGGCCAAGCGCCCAGCCCCGCCCCUGCAGGGCGGAGGGACGCAUCACGCAGGGGUGGGGAAGCCGGAUCCGUGCGCAGGGUUGCUAAGGGUGAAACUUUUCAUUGACUUUGCUCACUUCGGGCCGGGGCGCGGGAAGGUGCGGUUUGUCAGGGAAGAGAAGCCAGUGGCUCGGGCGACGCGCUGCCAGAAGGACAGGACAGGACCGCCCGCCGGCCACAGCCGGACCGUCCUCCGCCCCGCGACACGAGCCAUCCUCCGGUCCGCCAUCCCCGCGCCGUCGCCGCCGGCCGGCCCGCCCGCCCUCUGUCUCCCCUCCGCCGCCGAGCCCGACCUCCAAAAAGCUGAAAGAAUUAUUAUUGAGAGUCAUAGCCCAUAACCCCCUCAUCCGCCCCCGAACCCUGAACGAAGACAAGGACACAUAGGCCCCGGCCCGCGGCGCUCGGGAAGGAAGAGCGACCCCUGCCCCGUGCCCAGGACCACCCUGGAGGGAGAAGCCGCCCCGCGACCUGCCGACCACCCCGCAGCUGCGGAGACCCGAGUGAAACUUUCUGGAGCCCAAGACUGCCCACCUGACAUCUCCUGCUACUGUCCUUGGCCUGUGCACGUGUCCUGUGCUAUUCUCUGCCUAGGAGAGGACGAUGCAGCUGGAGAUCAAAGUGGCCCUGAACUUCAUCAUCUCCUAUUUGUAUAAUAAGCUGCCACGGCGCCGGGCAGACCUGUUUGGGGAGGAGCUAGAGCGGCUCUUGAAAAAGAAAUAUGAAGGCCACUGGUACCCGGACAAGCCACUGAAGGGCUCUGGCUUCCGCUGUGUCCACAUUGGAGAGACAGUGGACCCUGUGGUGGAGCUGGCUGCCAAGCGGAGUGGCCUGGCAGUGGAAGACGUGCGGGCCAACGUGCCUGAGGAACUGAGCGUCUGGAUUGACCCUUUUGAGGUAUCUUACCAGAUUGGUGAGAAGGGAGCUGUCAAGGUUCUGUAUCUGGAUGACAGCGAGAGCUGCGGCGCCCCAGAGCUGGACAAGGAGAUCAAGAGCAGCUUCAACCCUGACGCCCAGGUGUUUGUGCCCAUUGGCAGCCAGGACAGCUCCCUGUCCAACUCCCCAUCACCAUCCUUUGGCCAGUCACCCAGCCCCACCUUCAUCCCCCGCUCUGCCCAGCCCAUCACCUUUACCACCGCCUCCUUUGCUGCCACCAAGUUUGGCUCCACCAAGAUGAAGAAGGGUGGGGGGGCUGCGAAUGGGGGGUGUGUGGCCAACGGAGGGGGGAGUGGCCCACAGCCACCACCACAGCAGCCUCGCCUGGCCCGCUCCCCCACCAACAGUCUGCUGAAGCACAAGAGCCUCUCUUUGUCUAUGCAUUCUCUGAACUUCAUUGCGCCCAACCCAGCGCCUCAAUCCCAGCUCUCGCCCAAUGCCAAGGAGUUCGUGUACAACGGUGGUGGUGGCUCGCCCAGCCUCUUCUUUGAUGGGGCUGAUGGCCAGGGCAGUGGCACCCCAGCCCCCUUUGGGGGUAGUGGGGCAGGCACCUGCAACAGCAGCAGCUUCGACAUGGCCCAGGUAUUUGGAGGUGGCGCCAACGGCCUCUUCCUGGAGAAGACGCCCUUCGUGGAAGGCCUCAGCUACAACCUGAACGCCAUGCAGUAUCCCAGCCAGCCGUUCCAGCCCGUUGUGCUGGCCAACUGACCACCCCAGCCCACAGGGCCAGGAGCACCCAAGACCACAGAAAAAAGAAAGGAAAAGAAAGGCCAAAAAAAAAGAGGAAAAGAGAAAUACACAAAAAACGUUUCCAAUCUUCUCACUAUCACUUCUAGAAAAAAGAUCCAGCUCAGGCAUGGAGUGGGAGGGGGCUUCCGAAGCACACACUCGUGUUCAACUCAACCCCCUUCUGCUUUCCUGCUGGCCUCUGAUUUAUUUGGUUGGUUUGGGUUUUAUAUUUCUUUUUUUUUUUUUUUUACAUGUAGUUUUCUAUAUAACAUCUUUAAUUAGUGGCUUCCUGUGCUAAGAAUGGUCCAGCUGUGAAUUGCUGCUCCCUGCUCCUUCCUCCCUUCCCUCCUCCACACGGCUGGUUUCGGACUGGUGUGUCCCAGCUCACAGGGAACUAGGAGCUGCAGCCGGGGCCUGGUCCCCUUGGAGGAGGGGGAGUCUGGCCCUGAGUCACUGCCUCCGUCACCCACCCACCCUCUCACUCAUAGCCAUCCAACCUCAGGAGGCCUUCUCCAGCCCUGUCCCCCAGGCCCUCUCCACUCAGGCUUGGGCCUCGCUCAUCCCCUGGAGCUGAUGCCCGUCAAUGCAGGGAGGUGAGCACUUCCUCUAGAUAAAUCCUUUCAUCUCUGCCCUGUGACCCCACCUGUCCACCCCCACCUGGUCCAAACUGUCCCUCAGGGCCUGGAGAGAGCCAGACCCAGCUGGGGGGCGGGGUACGGGGGACGGUUCCCCAAGGUCCCUUCCCUGGACCCAAAGCUGUGGGGGGGGCGGGGGGGUUUGCAUGUGUACGUGGUUUGCCAUCCUGUUUUAAAGGAUUCCACAUUGGGGAAAACCACCCCUCUGGGGUGACCAUGGGUUAUGGCAAGUACUUACGUGUGAAGUUGGGGAAUGGGCCUGUGGUGGGCUGUGGGUCCUUUUGUGUGGUGGUACAGACAGUGGGGUGAGACUGCGGCUGAGCCUAAGACACUCCCAGGGGAAAGCACAGCAGAAGGAACUGGUUUCCAGACUGCAGAGGCAUCCACACUUUUGUUUUUGACCAAAAAGAAAAAGUCCUAAGUGGCUGAGGAAAUACCCAAGCCACUGAUGCCUAAGAGAAGGCCCUGGCCUUUGACCCUCCUGUUGUAGGACCUUAGCCCCCACUGGGAGCUGCUCAUUGCAGCACCCUGGGGGCCGGGAGGCAGGGUGGUGGCCUUCGGUUGGUGCCUGGAGUGAGCUGUGAGCCUUGAGCUGAGACUUUUGGUGUUUGAGUUAUAAGUGUUCUGUUUUAGUACGGGAUGCCCCUGCCUAUUUGAGAAUUUCUUGGUACCUCUGGCCAUCCCCUCUCACUGCCCUGACCCAACCCCACUAGGCCUUGAUGCUGUGGGAAGCGGUCUCCGGCCAGGCCAGGCUGGCCAGGCCCAGGGCCGUCCCGAGGGUAUGCUGGGAUUAUGGAGGUUUCUGGAAGAGCACUCCUGCCCUUCUCUGCAAAAGACAGUUUUCUCCAAUCCUCGUGGGCCAGCUUCCGUGCCAUGAUACUUUGGUAGGUGGGUCACCUGGCCUCAGGCCCCCCUCACCAGGAAGCACUAGAGCCCCUGGCACCUCACCCACCCCACCCUCUUGCCCCGGCGACUCCAGGUGAGCAAUGCUGUGGCGGGGGGUGUGGCCCCGACGGACAAUGCUAGUCUCCCCUCCCUGCGACUGGCAUCAGCUCUACCUCCCUCAGCCAGGCACUGCCCUGGCCGCUCGGACCAGCCCCAUCUGCCCCCCUUGACUGCUUGGAGGCCAGCCCUGCCUGGGCCACCUGUCCUUCAUCCUCAGCUCCCACCCAGGUGACAGACCCAGGCAGGCAGCUGCUCCCAGGAAAGGCUGGAUGCUGCCUUAUCUCCCGUCCAGACCCCCUCCCACACUCACACCCACCCACCCCCGGGCCUGUUUGUCUCCCACAGACAGGGAGAGGAGACCGACCCCUUAGUGUCUUUUGAAAUACGAAGAAAAACGUGUUCAGGAACCUGACUCCAGCACCGGGGUCUUAGGCCCAGGUCAGUGUGUCUUGUCUCAAAUCUAGGCAUUUUUGCUUCAAUUUUAUUUUUUCUAAGAAAACAAAAAGAAAAACCUGCACUAAUUUACCUGGUUUCGUAGGAAAUUUUUUUUUUUAUUUUUUACAUUUUUUGGUGUCCGUUUGUAUUGAAUAAUUUGCUACAUUUGUAAAAUGUAAGAGGUAUAUAUAAUAUAUGUAUAUUUCUAACGUAAAAAACGUAAUUUUUUUCUUUUCAAGAUUUUUUCUUAAAAAGAGAAACAAGAUAUUUUUUCAGGAAAAACAAACUUUAAAAUUAAAAAAAGAAGAGAAUUAAAAUUUUUUUUCCCCUUUCCCCACCCUCUCUCUAUAUACCCUCUUUCCCAGGAACAAAUCAAAAGGUGGAUUGUCUUGCAAGGAGCAUAAAUUUUUAGUCCAGAAUGACGUAUUUUUCUCAAUGCAGUGCACUAUAGAUUCUCUAGUUUUAUCCCUAGGGAUGGGAAGGGGGGCAUUGAGGCAACUGUGGAGAAGAGUUUGGGGGAGCAGGGUAGUGGAUUUUUUUCUUUAGUGAAGGAGGAAUGCAAUCAGGCGUUUUGUAUUCAGAAUGUUGUGCAAUAUUUUGGAAUGGGACAUUGGUGUGUUUAGAGAUUUAGUUUAAAAACAAAACAAAAAGAUUGAUCAAAUCUGUACAGUUUAUAUUGUUCCAGAUUUUUUUAAGUUUGUAUUAAAAGCAUGAUACAUAAUAA